AUCUCAAAACCAUGUAAACUUAUAUGUAAAUUUUUUAGAAAAUAUAAUAAUUCAUACCCAUCGAUUCAUAUUUUCUGUUUUAAUCUUCAAAUUUCUAGUUUCGCCACAUAACAAAAAUGUAGCUAAACUAACUUCACUCCAACUCCAACACCAUAAUCAACUCCUUUUCUCUUGUCUGUCCUCUACCCUCCUACUCAUCUUGGACUUUCAACAACAACAAAACAAGCAGUGGCAUUUCUGAAAUUUGUCCCAAUUGCCAAGCCCAGAUACAUAACCCAACUACUAUAUGAACAUGGAGCAAGCCAUCCCCUUUUCCCCCCACAACGACACAGCUCUCCAAAAAAAAACCCUCUCAACUUCCAUCAUAACAUCACAGAAAAGUUGCUCUCUUUUAGCUUCACGAGAAAGAAAAGAGAAGAUGUCUCUGGUCACAGAAGAGAUCAGGGCCAAGGCCUCGGAGGUCUACAAUGGCGACGAGAUCUGCCAGGCCAAAUCCAAGGAGCUGCUGAGGGAAAUCGAGCUCCCCAAUGGGCUGCUGCCACUACACAACAUCGAGGAGUGUGGGAUCGUGAGGGAGACAGGGUUCGUCUGGCUGAAGCAGAAGAAGAGCAUCACUCACAAGUUCGACAAAAUUGGGAAGCUCGUGAGCUAUGCGCCAGAGGUGACUGCUGUGGUGGAGAAGGGGAAGAUCAAGAAGCUGACCGGUGUCAAGACCAAGGAGCUUCUGCUUUGGGUAACCCUUUCUGAUAUCUACACCGACGAGCCGCCUACUGGGAAAAUCACGUUCAAGACCCCAACUGGGUUGUACAGGAGUUUCCCUACUACUGCUUUUGAGGUUGAGGAACCUGCUGCUAAGGAACCAGCGGCUAAGGAGGGAGCUGCUGCUUCUGCUGCUAAGGAACCGGCGGCGAAGGAGGCUGUUGCAGUGAAGGAAGCAUGAAGUUUGUGUCUUUGAUUCAGUAGAGAAGCUAUAAGAAAGAGCCAAAUCUUUCCUGUUUCAUGUUGUCGUUUUAGCUUCUUGCUGUUGUUCUUCUUCCCUGUACCUUUACUUGGUUCCACGCUGAUAAUAAAAUUGAAACUGUUCU